AUGGACGAACCACUAUACUGUGAUAUGUCAUCAGGUACAGUCCGCCCAUAUGUGCCUGCCCAGCUGAGACACCAAUUAUUCAACUCGCUGCACUCAAUGGAUCAUCCUGGAUGCAGAGGUUCACGGAAACUCGUCACGCAGCAUUACGUCUGGCCCAGCAUGAAUAAAGACUGCUCUGAAUGGACCAAACACUGCCUGAAAUGCCAGAAAAACAAAAUCACGCGACACGCGGUUACACCAAUAGCUGAAAUCGAGACACCAUUGCGACGUUUCGAACACAUUCACGUCGAUCUUAUCUCUCUUCCUACCUCAAACGGACACAGCUGGUGUUUGACCAUCGUCGAUCGAUUCACGCGGUAUCCAGAAGCAGUUCCAUUGAUUGAUGCAAAGUCGCCUACAGUAGUCAAUGCGAUUCUCUACCACUGGAUCGCACGCUUCGGAAUACUUCUGAGAAUUUCGUCUGAUCAAGGUGGUCAAUUCUUCUCAGACACAUUCAAGGAGCUCACGCGAAUCCUAGGCACCAAGAGGAUCAUGACAACGCCUUUUCACCCUCAAUCAAAUGGUUUGGUUGAGAGGCUACAUCGCCAACUAAAUGCAGCACUGCCAUAUCACAGCGGAGCUUGGUUCGACGCACUUCCCCUGAUACUUUUAGGGUUGAGAUCCGCGUGGAAGAACGAACUUCAAACGACUCCUGCCGAGCUAACGUAUGGGGAACCUGCACCCCAUGGUACACGUUCAACGUUCAUCUGCACGGACUUAUCAACGUGCACGCAUGUUUUCGUUCGCGACGACCACGUGCGAAUGACAUACCGACCACCAUACAUCGGUCCAUUUUGCGUCAUCAGUCGCCACGACAAAUAUUUCGUCAUCUGGUUCAAGUCCGGCGGUUUGGGAAACUGCAAAAACACACCGAUCUCCAUCGACCGACUGAAACCAGCGUACAUACUGCCGGAGAACAUAGAUCAGCUUCCAGGACAGCCUCCGCACCAAGACGUACCCGACGAGCCUCAACAACAGGACCAGCCGCAGCCGAGCACGAGCACAGCACCCGUUGCUGGAAGACGGAGGAGAGGGAACGAAAAUCGAGCACUAAGACUGAAAGAACCAGGUCUCGGGUUAUCAAGUGGAAGUUCAGGUUAUGCUGAACCAGAUGGCACAGCCAUGGCCAUGUCCUCAGAGCUGUUACCUGUACCCACCCCAGAUCCCAGAGUAACAUGGAACUACUUCGACGAACAAGGAUACGUUUCUAGAGGUGGCUUAAGAGCUGGUGAGGACCCCUACGCCAGGAACAAAUUCAAUCAGGAGGCGUCGGAUGGUCUACCAAGCAACCGAGAUAUUCCAGACACCCGAAGUGCAAUAAUUUUCCAUGAAGCGUUGAGUUUCACUUCUCCGGAUGAUGUUGGCGGAGCCCAAGUAUAG